AUGGGCAAAUUUAUCCUCCUGCUCGCAGUACUCAGCCUAGUAACACUGGGAGAAGCUCUUGACUGUAAGGAAGAGCUAGGAGAAGAUUCACUUGCAGAUAAUUAUCGUGAGAUACUAACCAACGGAAUUAAGAAGAUUUGUGACUGGCUGACUUAUGAAUGUAGAUUGGAAGAAUUUGCUCUUAUGACUCUCCGUAAUGAAACAGUUAAAGCCAGAGUACGCACGAGCACUUUCAUGCGAAAGAAGGAAAAGGUCAAGUCCGUAGAAGGCUUCCUAAAGGCAGCAACCAAGAAGUGGAGUUUGGAAGAUGUAAACACAAAAAACUUCUUUUCUUUUCCAUUCAAAGAUUUUUUAUCGGCCAACGUUUAA